AUGCCAGGAUCCAAAGUCCUCGUCCUUGGAGGUACCGGCCCUGCAGGCAUUUGCCUCUUGCGCGAGCUCAUUCAUCGCAAUCAUGAGGUUAUAGCCUUUGCAAGAGAUCCCACAAAGAUCCCAGAAGAUGUGUCUUCUAGCCCACUAAUCGAAAUAAUCGAGGGACAACUCGAUGACACCGAAGCCAUUUCCACAGCAGUGUCCAAGAGCUACGUCGUAGUGUCACUUCUUGGACCUAACAUCAGCAGCUUGAAGCAAGAUCCAAGCCUCUUGGCCGACUUCUAUAGACACUCUCUUUUCCCCUCGAUGCGCCAGCACGGCGUGAAACGCGUCUACGCAAUGGGAACCCUUUCCAUCGUCCGCCCAGAAGAUUCCCGCAGUUUGCUUCGAUAUGGUAUCGUCACAUUCGUGCGUCUUGUUGCUGGUGGAGCCUAUCGCACCAUCAUCAACAUCAGCCAAGCGUUCGAGGAGGAUGCCAAGGACCUAGAUUGGACGAUAUUCCGCAUCGCCGGUAUCCCCGGAGAAUCUGAUCAUGAGAGCUGGAAGAGGGAUAGAGAAGACGGCAAGGCUUUUGUGGGUUGGGUUGCCGAGACGGGUUGGACUAUGUCGCAGAAGCGAGGAGCACUGGCAAGGUGGCUUGUGGAUGCCGUUGAAGGAGGAUUGACAGACUGGAUCGGCAAGAUGCCCGCAGUGAGUAAAUUGGCGGGUAGCUGA